AUGAGUUCCUCCGUGAUCGAGAAGGAAUUGACCUGCUCAAUCUGUACAGACAUCCUCUUCGACCCCGUAACCUUUCUCGACUGUCUCCAUGCGAACUGCGGGGCAUGCGCGAAAUCGUGGUUCGCUUCGCUGAACAAUUCCGGGUCCUCAUCAAAUAGGUUCACCUGCCCAGCAUGUCGAGCGGUAGUAAAGGAGGCGAGAGCGGGCGGCCUGCUGCAGAACCUGGUUGAUGACUUCGUCAAGAGCGAUCCAUCAAAGGAUCGGACACUAGAAGAGAAGAGGAAGAUGCGGUCAUUGUACAAGCCUGGUGAUAAAGUGCUUCCGUUAGCCGGGGGGUCGAGUAGUACGCCGCCAGUGGGAGCGCCAAGACUUUCGCAAAACUCACCGACUCCAUCUUUUCGCAUACCACCGCCGAUCAGACUGCCGCCGGGGAACGCGUUUCACGGAUCGCUCUUCCCGCUGCAAACGUCGCCGAAUAGUGGCCCAUUCCCACAACCUAUUUUCCCUAUCGCUUCGUCACCUGGCUCCUCCCUGACAAGCAGCUUUGAACAGCUAUCCGUCACUAGGGAUCCAGAAUGCCAUAGAUGUUCUAAAUCGCUGAAAUUCGCCGUUCGUGGGAUAUGUGCGACCUGCGAGGAAGCCUUUUGCACACACUGUUACCGUGUUAACGAAGGCUGUGGCUCCUCAUCACCCCCAUCUUCGUCGUCGUCCUCCCCACCGCACGUUGUAAUCUUCCAAAAGCAACGUCCGCUGCCGCAAUCUAUUAGUUUUGGCCUCUUCUGCGUCACCUGUGAGAGCUUUUGUGGCGGACCUAAUGGCGCACUUUGGCUUUGCAGUUCCUGUCACUCCAGCGGCGACGAUGAACUCUGGGGCUAUUGCAGUGUGUGCGUGGGUAAGGGUAACUGCUGCACCCACGAUCUAGAACUCUACACAAAACCCCCCCGCCACCUAGUAUCUGCAUCGCCACAAUCCCCAGCAAUGGAAAUCCUCCACCAGGUUCAACAACACAAACGCCUGGUAUCCCAGGGAGACUCCCCAAACACCCCGCGAGCUCGCAUCCUAGCACGCGGGUAUACGAGACAAACAGGCCACUGGGUAAACUGCGACUUUUGCCACCGCCGAAUUUCCCCGGACAGUGCUUUUCUCCACUGUACUUUGUGCCGGGACGGAACGAUGGACAUAUGCAUGCAGUGUUACGACGUGACUCGCUCGGACGCAGACCCAAACUCUGCCACAUUCAGAUGCCCCCAGGGGCACAACUUUACCCUCCUGACGCAGUCCGGGAACCCGGGGUCGCAAAAGGUUAUACUGUCCCCCCCGCACGACCCACCGGAGAUGAUCCCCCGCGGGCAGAAUCUGAAUCCAUGGACUGCUGUUGCGCUGAAAGGGCACUGGCCAGAUGAGGAGAACUCCUCAAUUGGGAGUGUGAGCAUGGGCGAUCGGCCGGGCGUUCGCAUGUGGGAGUAUGGAGACCAAUUGGCAUUCCCUGAGGGCGCAGAGAUUAGGGAUGUGGCGCUUGCGUUUACCGAGGAGGUUGGCUCGGAUCGGGUUACGUACUAUUGGGGGUGGUAUGGUGGCGUUGGGGGGUUGUUUGAGGGUGAAUAUGUUAGGAUUGUGGAUUAAUGUUUAUGAGUACCAGGGUGUGGGAAUAUGGGUGGGCAAAACCUUAUUUCAUUCAACUUCCAAACUCUCCAACUAAAUGGAUAGAUGGACGGGUUUACCCAGUUUCCUUUCGGUUGGUUGGCUGAUUCAUGGUUUGCUUGCUCUUUUUUUUGUUUAUGUUCUCUGAAUACCCUCUGGCCGGGGUAUGGCCUUUCUUUUUGUCUUGGGAUUUGGAAUUUGUUCGUGUGGGAGGGGAUUGAAUAUGACGAGGUACAAAAGGAUACAUCCCCCAUAGCGUGGUUAUUGUCCGGGUUUAAUUUGCAAAUUG